ACGGCAACGGACCUGCAACACUUGGACCUGCUUUCUGUGCAGUCGUAACGUGAACAUGAGCCCCAUAAUGACCACCAUGCUCCUGGCCGCCAUUGGUUGCUUGCUGUUGAAGUCCUACGGCCAUGCUGACGUCAUGGACUUGCACCGCCCUGCCUUUGCCUCCGAUCGCUCGGGCCUCGACUCCCUGCAAGCCCUUCUGAGCGGAGAAGGGGAGACGAAAAUUCUGUCCGGCCCUGCUUCUGCAGUAAAGCCAUCAUCAUCUUUCGAAGAAGUCCAACACGACAUGCCAAUCUUCCACGAACCUCACCAUGACUGCCACAUCGAAGUCCAAGUCACUGAGCGUGUACGUGGAUACUGCUCCGAACUCAACGUCAUGGGUAAGAGCUUCCCCGUGUGCAAAAAUGGAGAACGCGUUUCCAUCAAUCACCACGAGUGCGCCUUCGCAGUUUGAGCUACGACUACACUUGUUUAUUUUAUUUUUUUCACACGGUUCUCCCAACGACGUUCUUGUAGAAGCUUCAUAUCGGCUGCUUUCCAGCAAAGAGUGAAAUAAAAGAUGUUUUGAAGCAUU